UCUCUAGAAAAAAGGCAAAACAAAACCUGCUAUUUGUUGAACAUUUCUUUAAGGGGAUUAAACACUGCCAAUAAGCGUUUAUAAUGUCCUAUUUGACCAACUUCAACAAUGAGAGCGCCAAGCAAAUACUCAUGGAUAUAAUACGAUGUGUCAAUCAGCCGGAAAACUCCAAGAAACUCUCAGAAGCCAAGGCGUCCGCUGGAAAAGAGAUGAUUCUCAUGAUGCAGCACGUAUUUCCCUUGGUAAUGCAGCUGCAGUUGGAGGUCAUCAAGGGCCAUGGCUUUCCAGGAAACCGCGAGGGACUGGUGCAGUUCUCGCAGCUCAUCAGGGAAAUGGAGCGGGACGACAUGGAGAUUGCCCGCCUGCGCAGUCAGAUCCGAGCUAUAUACCUGCCACCCAUAGCUAUAAAUACCACAAACGAUAUACUAAUCUAAGCAGGGGGUAAGCCCCUAGAACAAGACUGUAAACUGGCCUGUUUCGCGGAGUUUUAAAGAGAGCAGGUGAUUUUAAUUUGCUAUUAAGUUCAAAUCUUUACCCAUUUUAUUUUACCCAUUAACGAAAAUGUAAUUUAAGUUAUAAUAUUUACAAAAAUACAAAUUCACAAUCAGCCGUGAAGUACUUCUGGUAAAGAUAAACUCGAGACAGGCCCAUUCAAUAGACUUAAGCUUGGUGUUCUUAUAAAAUGCAUUUCUCUUGAUAAA